AAGGACGAACAAUAUCAAGAUUUCUAGAAGCUCGGCGCCUCUGGCACCCAGGGUAGAUAAACCCCCAAUGUGUGUUCGCGUGUUCCUAUUAUUGCAGUCACGGUAUGUCGUAUUGCGUGACUUGUAAACACCUAUUGUUAGCUCGUGCCAUGCGGUUGGCUGAGGACGAAACGUGCAUAUAUUACACCAACUCUCAGAAAACCUCCUUGGCGAUCGAUCUAAAACAAAUGAAAGAAAAAAGAGAUGAGAUCGACUGAGAGCUAGUGAUUAAACUCGGCGAAGAACGUCCUAGCCAUGGCGAAGGUUUUCAAGCGAAAGGGAAUGGGACUUUUCUCGGCUAUUAUCGCCUUGGCCGCUCUUGUCUUGAUUAUUGUAGCGAUUAUAACGGAAUACUGGGUGAUGGCGGACUUGCAGAGGACUGUGUUAACUAACGGCACAGCUGUCAGUCAGACGGGUGGCUCAAAGACCUUCGGAUUAUUUAAGGGUACCAGCUCCAAGGAUUAUGGACUUGGCAAUCGACAGAGAAAUUUUGAUGUCAAAGAGGAGUUCGAAGAAGUGGCGAAUAACAAGGUCGUGUGGGCCACCGUCGGAUUCUGCGCACUCAGUUUGCCAUUCAUCUGCUUUGGCCUCGGCAUGGCGUGCUACAAUGAGUUCAGCAAACCGAACCUGAUGGUGCUUGGUACUCUAGGAGUAUUCGUGAUGCACAUCAUAGCAUUGGUGUUCCUACUCACCGCCGCCUGUCUUUACGCGACAUUAUUCGAGACGCAGCUGAAACGUAACGUACUACGCAAACAAGACCAGCAAGAUGGCUUCUCGUCCACGGACCGAGCGAGACUGGGCUACUCGUACUGGAUCCUCCUGGGAUCUGCAGCACUAGUCAUCAUUAGCCCUUUGGCGCUUCUACUUAGCAAGAUACACGUCACGCACUACUUCAAGACAAACAAACCAAAAGAGAUGGCGACAGCAGAUGGCGUGAUGCUGUACUAGAAUGUCACGCAAUACGUACUGUUUUAGAUUAGGUCACGUCACACAAUAAGACUAAAACUAAGAGAUGACGACAGCAGAUGGCGUGACGUUCCCCUAGAAUUUCACGCCAUCCAGUCGUCACCGUCACCAUCCAGUCGUCUUCGCUCACCGUAUACACUACUUACUAUAAAUAGACCACAAGAAUGGUGAUAGAAGAUGGCGUGAUAUUGUCGCGCAAUCCUGUUACGUAGUGUUCAGAACAUGUUUACUUCCGGUAAAUUACGUAACAAUCUCCGAUUAUUUUUAACGGAAAACGCGAAAAAUAUUUCAAAAUUGUAAAA